AUGUCCACUAUUGCAUUGUGCUUCGUUGUAUAUGACAGUCGAUUAUUAACUGUAUUCCUUAGUGUUGACUCAAAUACCAUUGAAAGCUGGGCAAUAGAGAGCUAUGAUACGGACCCAGUGAAAAAUAACCAAUUAAAAUUGUGGGAACCCAUGUCAAUCAACGCCACGACAACUCCGCCUACCUACAGUAACCCAAAUCUCAACAAAUUUUCAUUUUUGUCCGCACAGGUCAUUAACCCACAUGAUUAUAAACACGUCAUAUCUCCAAGAGUUGCAUGUAAUGACCAGCAAGAAAUAGAGAUAAUUAUCUGUGUCCCAACUCGCGGUGACAACUUUAAAGGUCGCAAAACAAUUCGAGGGACCUGGGGCAGUAAUGCUAAUGAAAGCUCCUUUAACUCAAUUCUAAUCUUCUUUAUUGGAAUACCAGACAUCAGCUCGCCUAACGCUAGUUUAACCCAGAAAUUACUUCUUCAAGAAUCUGUCUUGUAUGGCGACAUCUUGCAAGAGGAUUUUGUAGACUGUUAUAACAACCUCAGUAUCAAGUCCGUUUCUAUCCUCAAGUAUGUUUUUCUUCACUGUCCAAAGGCAAAAUAUAUGCUCAAAGCGGACGAUGACAUGUAUAUUAAUGUACCCUUUUUAGUUAACACUCUGAGACGAUUUCAAAUUACGAAACCCAACUUAAACGCUUUUGUAAUGGGAUCAAAACAGAUAAAAGUAAACCCAAUGAGAUCAACUGACUCCAAGUGGUACACCUCUAUUUCUGAGUACCCCGAGGAUACCUAUCCUGAUUAUGUGAUAGGUGCGGCCUACGUCAUGUCUACACAGGCGUCGUGGCUGUUGUACCAGGCGUCUCUCAGGUUGCCGUUGUUCCUGUGGGAAGAUGUGUACAUCACAGGGAUGUGUUCCAAGAAUGCUGGCGUGGAAGUGAUAGACAAUGUUCUGUUUUCUUACCUCAGACAUGCGGUAUCCGGCUGUUCCUUUAGGAAGCGCAUUUCUGGGCAUCCGUACAGUCUGGCAGAUUUACGAGUUAUACACAGUGAAUUGUACGAUAAAAACAUCAUUUGUAAAUAA